AUGGCUGCGAGGUUCUCGAGCUCAAACAAGUCGGAGCUCACGCUGUUGCUCUCCUCGCCGCCAUCGCUGUCGCGCCCGACUUUGACCCUGGCCGGUCGAAGCAGCACCUCCUCCACCUCCACCACCGGAACAUCAAAGAUCGAACCCAAGAAGCUCGGUGUCAGCCUCGUCAGUGGCUGCUGCCUCGUGCUCCUCACCUAUGCCUCCCUCGCCAAGCUCUUCGCAAUCUACUCCCCUGUAUUCGAACUCAUAGCCAUUGGCGUCUCCGCCCGCAAGGCCUCGUACCCCUGUGACCUCGCCACCAGAUUCACCAUUGGGGAGCUCUCAGAAUCCGACAUCACCACGAUGGACGAGGCCGCGCUCCUUGCCGAGCUCACCAGGGUGAAGGGCAUCAGCGUGUGUAAGGGUGUGCAGGAGUUGUACAAGCGGAAGGCACUACCGAAGCCAAAGUAG